CACCCAAUGAGUUCCUAUUUUGUUAACUCAACUUUUCCCGUGUCUCUACCGGGAGGACAGGACUCUCUCCUGGGUCAGAUACCGCUCUACUCCUCGGGAUACACGGAUCCGUUAAGACACUACUCCAGCGCGGCCACAUAUGGAGCAGCAGCCAACAUGCAGGACAAGGUUUACCCGGCGUCCUACUACCAGCAGACGGGCGCCGCGGCCAUCUACGGCCGGGCCGGUGGCGGAUCCGCCUGCGACUACAACCCGGUGGGGACUUUCUACAAGGACGCGGAGGGUUCGUGCGCCUUCUCGAGCCGCGAGGACCAGCCGCUGUUCGUCACGCAGGAGCUCCAGCAGCGCAAAGCCGAGUGCGCGGAACAGAGCGUCGGCCUGGGCGGCGGCUUGGACGACAAGUCCUCCACUCUCAUCUACCCGUGGAUGCAGAGGAUGAACGCCUGCUCCGCCGGCCCGUUCGGCAGCAGCGGCCGCAGGGGCCGACAGACCUACACCCGCUACCAGACCCUGGAGCUGGAGAAGGAGUUCCACUUCAACCGCUACCUGACCCGGAGGCGCCGGAUAGAGAUCUCCCACGCCCUGUGUCUGACGGAGAGACAGAUCAAAAUCUGGUUCCAGAACCGCAGGAUGAAGUGGAAAAAGGAGAACAAGCUCAUGAACCCCUCGAAGACCCCGGAGGAGGAGGAGGAGCAGGCGGAGAAGAAGAGCUAAAGGGACACUGGCGCACGGAAAUACAAUAAAAUAACAAAACAAAAAAAAAUGAAAUGUGUGAUUUCUGUGUAGAUGAAGAGCUGCGAACCCCCGUUAGAGACGUGUCGUGUGCUAGUGUCCGCACAGUUAUACUGUCCUCAUUAGGUUCCAGUCCUCCUCUGUCUGUCCUCGUGCUCGUGUCUUUUUCUUUAGAGGACUAUGCAACAAUCCGCCAAAAUGUAAAUAAUUUGUAGUGUUUGUUUUUUGACCAUGUUGUUACCUCAUGACCACAGGCCUCCUGAGUUCGAUUGUGUUGUUUUGAUUUGCUCGUGACACGAACACGCGUCGUCCUUCACUGUGCAUCUUGUGCUGUAGUUGUUCUCUAUAUGAUAGUCUCGUUGUUUACAGCUGUGCCAUCAUCCACUCACCAACUUUGUACAGACGAGAAAAUGUGACAUGUUAUUUAUUGUUGUUCACCGUUUGUUCAAUGCACAUCUGGAUAUCGUGUGCAAUAUUUUCUUUAGGAAAUUGUACAUAGAA